CACAGGCCGGGCCCAGUGCCGCAGGUUGUCCGGUAGGGUGCCUGCCGAGCUACAAGCAUGCUGUUGAUGUCAGGAGCAGAAGAGGAGGGGAACGUGAGGAAUGGCUGAAAACUGUCGGUGAUCUCCUGUUAGGAAACAAACCAUGAUUGUCCGGUAACUGAACAUUUCACCGCCGCCGGAUCAGCCUGUUAGCGACGCAUUAGCAGGCACCGCUCGUAUUUUCGGUGGUUAUUUAAUGGGACAACGAAAACGCAAAAAACGCAAGGUACAGUACCGCUCCUGUCGCCAGCCCUGCUACUUUAUUUUCAUGAACUAAUACGACACACAGGGGGGUUGAGAAAUGUUUCACAGCAAGGUAAAACACUCGUCUUCGAGGGCGAUGUUUGGUUGUUAACGUUAGCUAAACCGUUACGGUUGUGUUUUAGUCGGGCUCGUGAAUGUAUGAAGUGGUCGGACGGUAUAUUUUGUUUUGAAAAGCGUCGGUCAGGCUUCAUCUCUUCAUGCCUCAACCGACGAAACCACAUGAGAAGUCGACGUCCGGAAUAGAUUAAACCACAAAGAAAGGCCAUCUUUUUCAACGCUUGCACCUGAAGCUACGGGGAGAAAAUGCGUGUGGAUUUGUUUUGGAUAUGUUUGUGGUGUUUCCUUCGUCCUGGUGCUACCGGUCAAGGGCAGUCGACGGCCGUUUGUUCGCCCUCAUGCAGCUGCGAUGAAGAUGGGGGUGCAGACUGCUCCGGGAGAGGGCUGACCACCGUCCCAACCGGGCUCAGUGCUUUCACCUACUACCUUGACCUGAGCAUGAACAACAUCACCGAGCUUCCAGCAUUUGUAUUCAAGAACUUCCCCUAUCUGGAAGAGCUACGACUUGCGGGGAAUGACCUGUCAUUCAUCCACCCUGAGGCCCUGUCUGGACUGCAUCAGCUCAAAGUCCUGAUGCUGCAGAAUAAUCAGCUGAAGACUGUUCCCAGUGCAGCCCUGAAGAACCUCCACUCCCUUCAGUCUCUUCGCCUGGAUGCGAACCACAUCACCACGGUUCCAGACGACAGUUUUGAAGGCCUUCAGCAGCUGCGCCACCUCUGGUUAGAUGAUAAUAACCUGAUGGAGGUCCCCGUCGGUUCUCUGAGACACCAGGCGAACCUUCAGGCUCUGACUUUGGCACUAAACCGCAUCUCAAGCAUACCAGACAACGCUUUUGCAAACCUGACCAGUCUAGUUGUUUUACAUCUGCAUAACAACAGAAUCAAGGAGAUAGGAGACAACUGUUUCGCUGGACUCGUGAACCUGGAGACGCUAGAUCUAAACUUUAACAACCUGAUGGUUUUUCCCAAAGCAAUAGAGGCCCUGCCCAAACUCAAGGAACUCGGGUUUCACAGCAACGAUAUUGCUUCCAUACCUGAAGGGGCCUUCCAUAACAACCCCCUGCUGCGAACCAUACAUCUUUAUGACAAUCCUCUGUCCUUUGUUGGCGCUACGGCUUUCCAGAAUCUGUCAGACCUGCACUCCCUGAUGCUGCGUGGGGCCAGCAUGAUGCAGGACUUCCCUGUCCUUACGUCGACUAAUAACCUUGAGAGUCUGACCCUGUCGGGAACCAAGAUAUCAUCCAUCCCCGCUGAUCUGUGCGAGGACCUCAAGUUGCUUCGGACGCUAGACCUGUCCUACAACGAGAUCAAGGAGCUACCAUCCCUUCAGGGCUGCGUCCGGCUACAGGAGAUAAGCUUUCAGCAUAAUCAUAUACAACAAAUUGACAGGGACACUUUCCAGAGUCUCUCUGCCCUCCGUUUACUAGACUUGAGCAGAAACGAAAUCCGAGUCAUCCACAGAGAUGCUUUCCUCACUCUCACUGCUCUAACCAACCUAGACCUGAGUAUGAACUCUUUGACUGUGAUUCCAACGACCGGACUGAGCGCGCUCAGUCAGUUGAAACUCUCGGGGAAUCCGCAGAUGAAAAAUGUGCUUACUGCAAAAAACCUGCCCAAACUCAGGUCCAUCUCUGUCCCGUACGCCUACCAGUGCUGUGCAUUUGUUGGAUGUGACUCAAUGACGAGUUCUUCUGAGGAAAAUGACGUUAAGAAAUCUACAGGUGGGGAGGAUAUGGAAAGAAUCUCAAUGAUUAUGCAUUGCUCUCCAUCACCAGGAGCCUUUAAGCCCUGUGAGCACUUGCUGGGGAACUGGAUGAUCCGUCUGACGGUCUGGUUCAUCUGCGUGGUGUCGCUGGUCUUUAACAGCCUGGUGCUGGUGGCCACCUUCUCCCCAACACUCCGGGCCGCAGGCCAUUUCCACUCCCUCCCUCCGUCUCUCUCCCCGGCCCGGCUGCUGAUGGGGCUCCUGGCCCUUGCCAACCUGCUCACAGGCUUGUACGUUGGCGUGCUGACCGUGCUCGACGUCGCCACCUGGGGCUCAUUUGCUGAGUUCGGUGUAUGGUGGGAGAUGGGGCCUGGCUGUCAGGUCACCGGAGCUCUGGCUGUCUUUUCGUCAGAGUGGGCUGUCUUGUUACUCUCUCUGGCAGCCGUGGAGCGCAGCGUCGCUGUGCGGACGAUUCUCGGGAAGGUGAUGAUGUCACCUAGGAGGAACGGAGGCAGUCAUCGUGGAUGCUGGAGAGGAGAUCGACGCUUCAGCAUCGCUGCAGGACUGCUGGGGCUGCUGGCUGCUGCUGGAGCCUGCCUUCCUCUCCUGACCUCCAGUGACCAGUCGACCUCUCCUCUCUGCCUGCCCUUCGCUGGCGGAGAGAGUCCAGCUCUGAGUGUCACGGUUGUUCUGGUUCUGCUUAACGCACUAGCUUACUUGUUCACUGCAGCGGUGUACACACAGCUGUACUGCCACCUCGGCAGAGUGGAGCUGGCAGAUCCGGAGCAGACAGGCGCCCUGCGACACGUAGCCUGGCUCAUCUUCACCAACUGCAUCUUCUUCUGCCCUGUUGCGGCUUUCUCCUUCGCCCCGCUCUUGACUGGCUCCACAGCCGGCGGCCCAGAAAUCGCCAAGUCCGUCACGCUCAUUUUCUUUCCGCUGCCCGCGUGCCUGAACCCAGUGCUGUAUGUGUUCUUCAGCCCAGCCUUCAGAGAGGACUGGCUGAGACUACGCGGCCGCGGAGGACUGACCAGAGAAGUGAAGGCUGGUGCUGAAAGUCAUGAAGAUGAUGGUGGCGGAGGGUCAGAGCUCACAGACGGCGGCUCCUCCACCCACCUGGGCUUUGACUGUGGGGUAUACUCACAGCUUUGUGGAGAGACAGUUGUAUGCGAGCAGUGCGAGGCUGCUCUGCAUGCCAGGACCUGCUCUUCUCCCUCGUCCUCCACAGUCUGUAGACACUUGGUGAAGUCUCACAGCUGUCCCACCCUCCUGGCAGGAGCUGCAGUGUGCCAGCACGCUGAGGGGUUUUGGGCAGACAGCAGCACGCCCUCCGCUCAGUCUGAGUACGCAGACGAGGGGGACUCGUUUGUGUCGGACAGUUCAGACCAGGUACAGGCCUGCGGCAGAGCCUGCUUCUGUCAGAGCAGAGGCCUUCCUCUGGUACACUACUCAUACAACAUACCUCGAGUCAAAGACUAAGGACGCCUCAGAGCUCCAGUACGUCUGUGUGCACAGAUCUCUCUGUCAUGUGAAUUUAGUUGCUACAAGUUAACGUUUUUAUAUCAAACAACAAAAUGUGCCAACUACCCUGCUAAAAGACCGUUCAGCAAGCACUUAUGUUUGUAUUUACCGUGUAAACAGAGAUGCAACCAAUCAUUUAAAGGGAACUCGGUAUGCUUUUGGAACUUGGAGAUCGUUCCUAAGUGAGCUGAACUGAGCUCAUCACGUCACAAACUGGUUGACAAAGGAUCUCGCAAAGGAAAAUCUCGCCAUUAGUGCCUGCCUCUUGCUUUCGAUUGGAUCUCAUGAUGUUGCGAGCCUCAACGAUUUUGUGAUCUCUCUGUUUUACCUGUACUUAUAAGCUUUUUUUUUUUUUUUUAUUGUUACACAACUUUUAAAGCUUCUCUACGGCAACUGUUGAUUUUAUACUUUUUUACAUAAAUGUAGCAAAUGUAAUAAUCAUCCUAGACUUUUCUGUGUGAAUGUAACUUCCAGGUGGUCUUCACCUACCAGAGGGGGGAUAAUGUAAUGUCAGCAAUAACUUCUGCCCUGCCUGCCUGUGAUCGUAAUCAGCGUCAGAGUGGUAUAAGUAAAUGCCAGUCUAUCAUAAACACGUCUUUGCUUUAAGCUAUAAAGACUAAGAAUGUGAUAAAAGUAGCAGAUAUCACUGUUAUAGCAGCAGCUGUUCUUGGUGGUGGUGAAAGAUCUUAUUUAUUGUUUGAGCAGCAGGGCAAGGGUGGAGACAAUUUCAGGUGGCCUUUGAAUGAUGAAUAUAUACAAUGUAACUUGAGCAUUCACCAAAACAACAGCACUUCUUUUUCUCCCUAAUUCUUCACAAAAAAACGAGCAUACAGGUAAUUAUUGUCACUAGUCUGAAGGAUAAUUUGUUAUUAUUUAAAUCUGGGCCUUAUUUCCUGAUUUCUUACCAUCAUGCUGUUUGUUUUGGAUCAAACUUUUACCUUAACUGAACAGCAAUAUAUUGCAUUUGUCAUAUGGCCAAAAGGCACAUGACACCCAACAGUCAUUUCCUCGUCACUACUCUAACACUUAAAUAAUUAAAUAAGACCUGCUUUUAUCAGAAGUUCAGAUUAUUUGGGGAACACAGAACAAUUGUUGACUCAUUGCUCUGUUAAGAACAGUGUGUUUAAUGAACAUAAACUGUUUCUAGUGAAUAAAACAGGGUUCUGGGGGUUAUGGAAAACCUGGAAAAAUCAUGGAAUAUCACAAUCAUGUUAAGGAAUUUUGUUGUGCAAAAUGAAAUUGAUAAUAAUGAUCUUCUAUGGAUGCCCUUUCAGAUAAUGCAACAUAAUUUAUUUUCGCAAUUUACGCAAAUUUAUUUUCUGUAGCUGUCGACCUAAAUUUUUUGGAAAUGUGCUUAUUUUCCGACAAUAAGAUGAAAAGAUCAAUACCCCACAUCGCAUAUCUGUGCACAAAUUUAAAGCUCCAGCUGGCAGCUAGUCAGCUAAUGCAUGAAGACUGGAGACAGGGAACCAGCUAGCCUGUUUUCACAUUUGAAACCUGAGAUAAUUGUUCUGAUUUCUUUCAAAAGCAUGGGAAGAAGGCAAGGAGCAACUUUA